UGAUAGCACAUGCAAUCAAUGGCAUCAUCCUCUUUCUGUAUAUAGUGCCCAAUAACUUUCCAACAGAAUAAAUAUUCCUCUUCUGCGGUUCAUUUUGCACCACCAAGUCCAAUCCAUAUAGCCAUUCUCACAAGCCAAGCCUUCAUCAUGAACAACAAGCCAUUGAAGAAUACUACUUCACUUCCCCUGAAAAAUUCUACUUCAAUGCAAUUCCCAAACCCUCCACCUCAAUCACCACCACAUCUUCCCGGAAGUAUUUCUCUGCUUGAUUUCCUUGCCUCUAACGUGGUCCUUGGAGAAGAAGUAUAUCAUUUCGGUCACCCCCACCAUGUCUUCCAUAUGGUUGAUGUGCCUGAAAUAUUUACCUGCGCUGGCUGCAACGAGAAGGGUUCAGGCAAGAGGUUCACUUGCCAACAAUGUGAUUUUAAGUUACAUGAGUUCUGCGGCAUGGUUCCUGAAGAACUCAAGGCCCAUCCUCUCCAUAUGUAUCACCAAAGCUUGUUCUCUUCAAAACCAGUUAAGGGUGGAAAAUCAACAUGUGAUGUUUGUGGGAAGCCUGCCAAAGGCUACACUUUCAAAUGCAACGCCUGUAGUUAUCAGAUGCAUCCUUGCUGUGCAAUACUGUCUAAUGAAAUUAACAUUUCGGUCCAUCCACACCCACUAAGAAUCCUACCUUCUGUUACCACGAGUGUACCAAAUGGGGACCCUGGUUUCGUUUGUGGGGAAUGCAAUAGAGCCAAGAGAUCAGGUCGAGUAUAUCGUUGCACGGUCUGUGAGUACCAUCUGCACGCGGUUUGUGCAAAGAGAAUGGUCAAUGGCCUCCCUGCCAAUGGCAAAAAGAAGUCCAGCAAACUGGGAACCGUAGCUCGCCUUGCCUCUCAGGUAAUCAUCCAAUUAAUCGGAAGGCUCGUGCAGGGGCUUGGAGAAGGCUUCGGAGAAGCCUUAAUUCAAAGUGAUCCUAGAGGAAGGCGUUAAUUAUAUAUAUAUAUGUGUGUGUGUGUGUGCAAGUUUGGAUGAAAAUAUACAUGGAUAUUAAUUAUUUAUGCCACUGUUAAUAACUGAUGGGAUUUCAAUGGGGUGUAGGUUGAUGAUGUCAAGCGUUCAAUGUGGAGAGGUAUGUUGUGUGAUUUGAUUAGCCCAUCGUUAUUUGCCAACGAUUAUUAUGUGUUAUGUAUUGGGAUCAGACCUAUCAAUAAAAUAAAUUAUUUGGAUA